UAAUACAACAAGAAAAAAGCAAAACCAACCAACCGACCAACCUACCAUCUCUUUUAGCUUCAUUCUUUCUCUCCUUAAAGCUACACAUCCUUAGUUCUUCACUCUUGUGUUUGUGCAGUGUGGUUUUCACCAUGGAAUUCAGAUCCAAAUCAUGCAGAAGUGAGAGUCUGCAGAUUGAAAACUACAAUGGAGGAAGGGUGGCUCCAACAGGUAUGCAGGAUCUGAGGUCUUACAGUUACAGUGCAAGUUAUGGGGGUUCUGCAUAUCCAUGCAAGAUAGGUAAGGAGAAGGAAGUGAAGGUGGAUAAAGGGAAAAACACAGCUAACAAAGUAUCAAAAAGUUGGAGCUUCAAUGACCCUGAGUUGCAGAGGAAGAAGAGAGUGGCUGGCUAUAAAAUAUAUUCUGUGGAAGGAAAAAUGAAAGGCUCACUGAGGAAGAGUCUAAGGUGGAUCAAGAACACAUAUACACAAGCUGUUCAUGGAUGGUGGUGAUCAAUCGGUAUAUAGUUAUGCAGAAUAUAUAGUAACAUACUACUUUUUUGUGUUUUGUAUUCCCUUGUUGUGAUUUACUUGUUUUAAGGUGGAUUCUGAAUCUGUUUAAACCAAAUUUUCUUCCUUAUAAAGGCUAAAACAUCUCUAAUGUAUUGAACUCCAUGAAGUUCCUCUAAGCUUUAAGGGAGGCCUGAUCUGGUUUAGCAGAUUGAUGCUGAAUUUCCAAAUAGUAAUGCAUGCUCAUGGUUUCUAACUA